AUGAGAAUUCAGCUUCUUAAAUAUUUUUUUACAUCCCUUGUUGCGUUUGGUAUUGGUGUCAUGAUUUUAAACUCUGCAACACUUAGUAGAGUUAACUACCGGCAUUGUAUUGACGACUCUAGUAUAAAGUUCAAUGAAUCUGGAGUAAUAGACACAAAUAGUCAGUGGAGAAAACUUGGUUUGGCAACAUAUAUUUUUACAGCUUACCUGGAUGACCGUGAACCAUGCUCACCACUAAUAACUGUCAUGGGAUUUGGUGAAAAAUCAGAAUCUCCUCUUUAUGGUACUUUGUUGCUUCUCAGUGGUGCAAAGAUUUACCUUGGGAAGUAUGGAGAUAGGAAGAAGUUAAACCCUACCGGACAUUACACCCUAGGGAAACUGGGUCCAUAUGCGUAUUUGUGGCUGUUACCAGUUGAGGUUAUUGAUGCAAGGUACUCGAGGUCGAUCAUAGUUCAACAAUAUCAUCCUACGACAGGUAUAAUGCAAGUUAUUCAUUGUCAGUGGAAAUAUAUUAUAUCAUACCCGAGUCCUAGAAAGAAUUUGUCAUCUGUACAGCAUGAGUGGCGAUAUGUGUUGUAACCAGGAACAACUGCGAAAAAUGCAACUAUAGCUUCUCUUGCAGAAAUCAAACAGACCCGUGACAGCACAGACCAUCAUUCGAUUCCUGCCACAGGACCUAUAGAUGCAUUUUUUUACGUUAUGCUGGCAUCAACCACGUACUAUUUAAGAGUUCCGAAAUAUCACAUACUCGAACCGACCUGACCACGUAUAGCUCAGUCGGCAGAGCAUUGGGCUAGUAUUCCAAAGGUUGUAGGUUCGAUUCCCACCGUGGCCAGGCAUAUUUUUCAAGCUCGUCCUGUGUGGAUAUACACUCAAGAGUAACAUCACAAGCAUCACACUAUUUAACAAUUACAUUACGAGCUAGCAUGAUUCAACUAAAUAUAAUUAUAAAAGAAGAACUUGUGGUUAGACCUCAACAACUGGAUUCUGUAGCUCAGUAGCGCUGCACCGGAAUCACAGGUUCGAUUCGUACCAGAGGGCUUAGUUAUUUGUAGGUUAACCAGGAAAGGUUUAACCAGCGAAGGAAGGUGUUUUUAGAGUGUUGACUAUAGAUGUUACCGGUGAAACAAGCAAAAACUCUCGUCAACUCUCAAUGACAUCAACUCUCAUCGAAAUUUCAACCAGCUCAAAGUUGAUGAGAGUCGAUGACAGUGCAAGAGUUGCAACUCUCAACCUUGCUUGGCCAGGUCUUAAUUAACUAACAUUUUUGCACCGCGCGCAUUUUCUUCCCUUAGGCAAAACAGAAGCUGAAAUCCCAAUCACGCGUCCGGUGUACUCCACGAAAACAUUCGGAGUUUGCAUUGAUUCCCCAUUAUUUGGUCCUGUGAAAGCACAGACGAUCAUACAAAACAUCGAAAUCAACAAAGUCCUUGGCGCAGAAUGGUUUACAAUUUACGUCUACACCUCUGACCAAGCGUCGCUACAGGUAUGUUACUAUAUUUUAACAAAUAGUGAAAUAAUUCAAAUAGAUAACACUUUCCACUGGCGGAAUGUGCAAGAAAAACAAAAGUAAUGUGGCGGCCCUAAGUCGGAGAAGACUUCUUAAAAGUUGAUUAUUUUAAGGCGAAUAUUAAGAAGAGAAAAGAACAAAAAGAGAUUCUGGAUGCGAGAAAUCUACAAAGAAAGGAAAUCUGAGUAAUCUCAUUGGUUUUAUUCCAAUGAAAUUUGACCCGUUGCGAGAAAAAAUCGCACAUGUAACCUCCUUUCCGGGCAACGAAAUUGCAACUGGCAUGUAAUGUGGUGGUCACUUUACCUCUUUAGGUACUCCACAAAUAUGCCGGUGAAGGAUUGGUAGAUGUCGUCCAGAAUUGGGGAAGAGGUUUGCCUGGAGACAACACACAUUACUUCGGUCAGACGCUGAGCAUCAACGAAUGUGCCUAUCGAAAUAUGUACAGAGUGAAAUACUUAGUGUACACUGACUUAGACGAAUUCAUUGUCCCAAGGAAAUCAAUAGGAUGGGCCGACAUGAUGAAAAAAAUCGAGAAUUUCAAAUAUGAUACCUAUUUAUUUAGACAUUCAUACUUUUUCGAAAACUAUAAUAACACCACAUUAGAUAGCUUACAUGUAAGUGCAAGUCAAACCGAAUUUACUUGCAAUGCAUCGUAUCGCGUGGAAUUACCCAAGUUCUUAACCAGCGUAAUUCGUUUACGAAAGGUUCACCCUCCCAAAGAAAAGUCGAAAUACAUACUGAGACCUUUGUAUAAGUCUACUAUCGGCGUACACGAAAUAUUUGAGCACGUUGGAGACCAUAUUAAAACUUAUGUUGUGCCUCCAGAUUAUGGUUUGCUGCACCAUUAUCGACUGUUCAGUGGUGGACCUAAUCCAGUAGCGGCAUCGACAGUUGACGAUGUAAAACGUAACCAACGCAUCCCGGAUGAACACGCUUUUGUUUAUAAAGAAAAAAUUGUUGAAGCAUUGAGAAGACGUUUGUGUCGUUGA